AAAACACUUCACCAUUCUCUUGUGAUCUUUUGUCCAACAGAUCUUGAAUCUCCAACCAUAUCUCCAACAUGCAGGGAAAAGUCGUCGCGGUUUCUGGAGGUUCUUCAGGCAUUGGUCUUGCGCUCUCGAAGCUCCUCAUCGAGCGAGGAGCAAAAGUCAGCAUCUGCGAUGUAGUCCAAGCCAAUCUGGACAAUGCAGUCAAAGACAUCGGCUCACAGGAUGUCCUGGCCAUGAGAUGCGACGUACGCAACGCCUCCGAAGUACGCCAAUGGAUCGAAGCGACUGUCCAAAGAUUUGGCCGGCUCGACGGUGCUGCAAACCUGGCUGGCAUCAUCGGACAACGGCCGGGGAAAGCGUGGAUAGAGGAACAGGACGAGGAUGACUGGGGCCGCAUCAUCGGUGUCAAUCUGACUGGCGUAAUGCUUUGUAUGAAGGAAGAGAUUACGGUCAUGAAACCCGGUUCCGCCAUUGUUAACGCUUCUUCGACGGCUGGAGUCGCUGGUUUUCCGGGACAUGCAGCGUAUGCUGUCUCGAAACAUGGCGUCACCGGGCUAACUCGAACGUGUGCUGUCGAUUGCGCACCAAAAGGCAUUCGGGUGAACGCCGUUGCCCCCGGAGUCAUUGCAACCCCCAUGGUCGCCGAGCUGAGUGUCGGGAGAGAAGCGGAGGCAGAUGCAAUUACCAGGUCCAAACCAAUGGCCCGCGCUGGCACUCCGAGAGAGGUUGCCAAUGUCAUUGCAUUCCUGCUCAGUGACGAUGCUAGUUUCGUCACCGGGUCUAUAUAUACUGUUGAUGGCGGCUGGACAGCCAAAUAAGGCGACCUUCAAGAUGAUUAGAGAAGGCCCAAAGAAACUCAUAUGCCUGCAAUCUGCCUGCAUUAUGAUUCCUUCCAGAUAGACAGUGGCCAGAGUGUGAAAAGAAGGC